CACUAUAAUCACACUUCUUUUAAUAUACACCACGUACGCAAUUUAAUGAUAGGGGAACUAAACGGCGAUAGAACUUAUACAGUUUCGGGUUUAUCAGAAGAGACAAAAAAACAUUACGAAAUUGUUGUGGGCAUUGACUUUGGAACCACUUAUUCUGGUGUUGCUUACACGAGAGUCGGUGAGAUGGAAAGCGGACGUGCUCUCGUCAAUAAUAUUGACAAGUGGCCUGGAAUUAAAACUUAUAGUCAGACGCCCACAAGAUCAGCAUAUUUAAAUGGCAAAUUAACUAGAUGGGGUAAUUUUGGACCUGUUAGUAAAACCACUAAAACUAUCUCAUUGUUUAAGCUUUACUUGGACGAAUCCAAAACUGAUGUUAUCGUCCCAGAAUUGCCAAAUGGAAUAGAUAUAGAACAGGCAAUUGCAGAUUACCUCAAAGCAAUUUUUAGAUACACGUGCGAGUUCUUAAAAACCCGUUAUGGAAAGGAAAUUGAUAAAAAUAAGCUACGGUUCUGCUUGACCGUACCUGCUGUUUGGACAGAGAAGGCUAAAAACAUAAUGCGAGAUGCUGUCAUUAGAGCUGGGAUUAUCAGUAAAGAAGAUCCCCAGGACAGAUUGUUGCUGGUUGGCGAGCCAGAAGCUGCUGCUAUGUAUUGUGAGACUUGUCUUGAUGUAUAUAAUCUUAAACCAGGGCAAAAUUUUCUCAUUUGUGAUGCUGGUGGAGGAACAGUAGACCUUGUGGUGUAUCGUAUAACUGUUGAUGGAAAUGGCAAAAAUUCACUUAUGGAAGAAGUUGCAGGCGAUGGUGCAAUAUGUGGUUCAACUACCCUGGAUGAUAAUUUUAGGAGAUUUGUUUCUGAAAAUAUCAAAUUAUUUUUUGAAGAUACAAAGCCUUUGACUGACCAAGAGCUGGAUGAUAUUGUUAACAAAUUCACGGACCAGAUAAAGUUACAAGUAUGUCAUCCAAGGAGUCGCGAAUAUGACAAAGAUUACUUAAUUGUAACACUUCCUGAUCGAUUUGAAGAAACAGAAUAUGAUGAUAAAGACAAACUAUAUGUUACGGAUUCUCAAUUAUAUAUACAUCCUGAAAUAAUGCUAUCGGAGAUCUUUGAUCCUGUAAUCGACCGUGUGCUAUGCUUAAUAGACACACAGCUUGAAAGUAUAGACAGAAAGCUAGACGCGAUAUUUUUAGUUGGUGGAUUUGGUCAAUCAUCAUAUCUGCUUCAAAAAGUUAAAGAUGAGUUUGUCGAUGAUGUAGCAUUGAUUUGUGCCCCCGCGCGUGGAGAAAUGGCUAUAGUCCGUGGUGCUGUCUUGAUGGGAUUGGAUCCUCAGUUUGUCAAGCAGCGUGUCAUACGUCGAACUUAUGGGUUUGAAUGCUCCAUAGGAUUUGAUAACGUAUUGGACCCAGAGCGGUUAAAAACUGUUGAUCAGAAUGGUGAAGUCUAUUGUAACAGUCGGUUUAAAAGCUAUGCUUUGAAAGGAGAAAUCAGAGAUGUAGAUUAUUAUGCUAAAACAUCAAUUAAGUGCUAUUGCAACAAAAAUCCUGUAUUGCAAUUAUAUGCAUAUGAUGGUAAUCCUGAUGAGCUUCCCAGAUAUACCACAGAUCCUGCGGUGAAGAAAGUCAUUGAAUUUGAAAUUAUAUUGCCAAAUCUUCCAGGCAAAAAUCCCAGAGAUUCUGUUGUGAUUAACAUAAAAUUUUUUCUCCAUCAAACCGAAAUCAAGCUUGAGGUAGAAAUUGAGAACAUAAAAAAAGUCUAUACAGGCUCUUAUAAAAAGGUGGACAGUAUGCCAUUUAUCGGAGAAGUGUGAACGAUGUCCGAAAUUUGGGAUAUAAAACAUGGUUCUAGAAAUUUGAAGACAGGUUAAGAAAAAGGAGAAGCCUAAAAAAUCAAACUAUUUCAGAAAAUAGCACUUAAUAAACAUUUCAGA